AUGUCGGUCCCACCGAUUGCUAAGGCCACGCUGCAGGCCGCGGUUAUCAAUGCCGGGUCUAAUGUGCUGGCACAGGGUAUCAAGGCUUAUCGUGAUGAAGUUCCCUUCGAUCUAGACAUCCAGGCCUUGAUGCAAUUCACCACCUGCGCCUUCAUCGUGUCACCUGUGGGAUAUCUUUGGCUCGAGAAAUUGGAGUCAUGGUUUCCAGGCACAGUGCCGCCCGAAAAAUCUUCGGAAAAGGCCAACAAAGGUGGUCGCUCAGUCACCAAACCCCAGAAACCGAGGCUGAACGUCACCAACACUGUCGCGAAAGUCCUCAUUGAUCAGACAAUCGGCGCCACCUGGAACACUGUAUUAUUCAUCAUUACUAUGGGUCUACUUCGGGGUCUGCAGUACAAUACAAUUCAAACCCAGAUUCAGCAGGAUUUUUGGCCUAUCAUGAUCGCCGGGUUCAAGUUGUGGCCCUUUGUGUCUGUUCUCAACUUCACAGUUAUUCCCCCGAAUCAGCGGCUGCUUGUUGGGAGCCUUUUUGGAGUUAUUUGGGGUGUGUAUUUGAGCCUUGUGUCGGAAUGA